AUGUCCGGUAGCUCAGAAAGCCGAUAUAUCAGAGUUGAAGGCAAACCAUCAAAUGCCUCCCCUGCAUUGUCAAUAGAGAUCAGGGCAUCCUAUGAGCUUGGUCGAAUGCUCGGCGGUGGAGAGGUCAUUGGGAAACUUCAAAUGUCAUGGGAUAAGCUACUCGAUCAUGGAGAUCACCCAUUUGAUCUAUCCUUCCCAGCCGUGCGUGGUGUUCAACCUUCCAUCACACUGAAGGUUGCUGUUGUACAUGCUUCGGACGAUCAAAACGGCACACUGUUUGAUCCUGCAAAAUUGCUCGAGACACAGAUGCUGGCCACGUACGACUUGCCGGAUACGUGA